GAGAAGCCAUUGACCUUAUCAGUAGACAUUUGUGGAGGCAUGUUCCCACGAUUGGACCCUCUGAAUCAUUUGAAGAAAUACAGAGGAGGCUUUGAUGUCACCAACAUGCACUACUGGAGUUCUCUUGCCUACACAGGAAUCUGGGGCUACAUAAUUGCUGCUUCUUGCCUCAUAUUUGGAGUUGGGUCAGUCAUAUGGCAGCACUACAACUGGCGUUAUGAGUUGAAGAAAACCACUUUCAAUCCUUCUUUGGAUAAGCUUCACAGUGUAUCUGUGUACUGCAUGAUACAAUUCAGCAUACUCCUUUUAGGAGCCAGUGGUGUAAUAUUGUGGGAAAAUGAUAGGCUUGUCCAUGAACUAAAGAAAACUGGAGGGAUCUUGGUUAGCACUGUGGACCAAGUCACUUUGCAAGUUGAUGGAGCUAUUAACAUGAUUCCCUUAUCCAACAUCAGUCCCAUGGCAAAUCAGGAUAUGGCAAAGAGUACCCUCUCUGCCUGUAAUAACCUUGGUGACACAUUCAGAAAUCUUACACAAAAUGUUAAAUCACACAUGUCUCAUGCCUACAAAAUUUUUGACAUUGUAAAUAUAGUUGUGUCUAUGGUUGCGUCUCUGAUGAUUUUGAUGGUGAUAAUUGGCAUUGGCAGUAUUUUUCAAUGCUGGCAUACAUUUCUAUCAUUUAUGUGUUUUGGUGCAGUUUUUACCUUGGUUGCAUCAUGGAUGAUUGCUGGAAUUGGUUUUGCUGUUGCCAUAUUAGUAGUGGAUGGAUGCCAAGCCAUGCAAUCAUACAACAAGAGUCCCCUCAGCUCAAGCAUUACACAUCUGCUGCCCUGUCUGACGCCACAGAGAGCCACAGAGGUUUUGAGUGGUGUGAAGAAGGCAAUAAAGACAGUCAUCCACGGCUCUAAUUCAUGGGUGGACGUGCUCAAUAUGCAGGAGAGGAAGCUGGUGGAGAGGCACAGGCUGUCUCACCCCACCAUUGUGCCACACAUCUGUGACCCUUAUGGUCCAGAGCCAGAGUUUAUCCCUAUGGAGUGCAGUCCUGCUGAAGGAUCCUUUGUGCAAUUUGUUGAGGAUUAUAAAAAAUAUUGUUGCCUUUCAGAUGAUAUAAAUGAUUGUUUCAAAAAAUCUACACCAAUUCCAAAAUUUGCUUUCUUAGAUGCAACACGAGCAAUGAAUGCAACAAAAAAUGUAUAUAUGAUUUUACCAACCAUUUUUCAUAUCAUUACUUGUGAUUUUAUGAAAUUGAUGUUUGAAGAAAUUAUAAAGCAGCAUUGUAUGCCAUUAAAAAAAUGUCUCACAAUGCUUUGGGUUUCAUUUGUUUCUGCUUCUCUGUUGUUGAUGCUGUUGCUAUUUUGCAUCAUAUACAUUAAGUACAAAUUAUUCAAUACACCCAAUUUGAUCUCUGAUGUGGGAAAUAGUAAAAAUAAGAUAACAUUAUCUUUUUGUAAACCUGAUGUGUAGGAGACUUAAAGUUCAUGGAAUUGUUGUAACUUAUAGAAAUAUAAUUAUUAAAAAAUAUGAUGGAAGUAUUACAAAAUGAA